CUUAAUUUUUGUGUUCCCUUGUUAACUCAUUCUAAACAUUGAGCAUCAUUCGCUUACGAAAAAAUAUGCUUAAAUUUAUAUAACAGCUGGCAUUUUAAUAAUUAUAAUAGCUUAAAAUGCCGCGAAAUCCGAAUGCCGAACGUGACAAUCCCUGUUUACGUGAACAGGAACUAUCUUAUAAGUGCCUGAGUAAAUACAACUACGAUAGAGAUAAAUGUGAAGUAUAUUUCGCCAAUUAUAACAAUUGCAAGGAUUUUUGGAAUAAAGUCCGUUCUGACCGUCGAGCAAAAGGAAUUGUGCCCUACUUACCCCCUGUAGAUGAGCGUGAAGAUAUCAAGUCAGAAUAUAUGAAGUCCAAACCACCAAAAGACUAGAGAAGAUCAAAACAAUAAAAAAAAUUGUUUGAAGAUGUUACUUUUAUAUAUGAUUUUUAAUAUACAAUUUUAAAACAAU